AACCAGACGUGCUGGACUUGGGCCAGACCCAGAAGCUGUUCGGUUCGGCUGGUUCUGGGCGGUAACUUCAGUGUGCGCAGAUUGGGUCGGGCCCUCCUGCUGAUCAGCGCCCAGGUUCUGCAGCUGGUUCUGGUUCUGGAGGCUGGCAGCAGGCAGAGACAGGCUCCUCCUCCGGGGGAGGAGGUCUCACUCUGACUCAGACUCGGAGUCCAUCAGGAAAACUUUUCUGCGCUCUGCUCACAAGCGGCUCGGUUCGGUUCGGUUCUGUUCUGUCUUUCUGCGCCACCAUGUCCGGCGUCGCGUCUACUCUGGCCAAGAAGCGGGCCCUGGCCGCGGGGUUCGGCACCAACUCCAACGCGGUUCCGUACCUGAACCAGAACUUCCAGGCCCUGCGCGCUCAGUGCCGCUCCUCCGGACAACUUUUCUGCGACCCCACCUUUCCGCCCGAACCAGAAUCUCUGGGCUUCAAAGAACUGGGUCGGAACUCCUACAAGAUCCGCGGAGUCAGUUGGAAGAGACCCACGGAACUCGUCUCAAACCCGGAGUUCAUCUUGGGCGGCGCCACCAGAACCGACAUCUGUCAGGGAGCGCUGGGUGACUGCUGGCUGUUAGCCGCCAUCGCCUCUCUGACCAUGAAUGAGUACGUGAUGGCUCGCGUCGUUCCCACAGACCAGGGAUUUGGAGAUGACUACGCAGGAAUCUUCCACUUCCAGUUCUGGCAGUUUGGGGAGUGGGUGGACGUGGUGAUCGACGACCGGCUGCCGGUGAAAGACGGAGAGCUGAUGUUCGUCCACUCAGCAGAAGGCCGGGAGUUCUGGAGCGCCCUGCUGGAGAAGGCCUACGCCAAGGUGAACGGCUGCUAUGAAGCGCUGUCUGGUGGUUCCACCACUGAGGGCUUUGAGGAUUUUACCGGAGGCAUCGCAGAGAACUACGACCUCAGCCGGCCACCGCCCAACCUGUUCCAGAUCAUCAAGAAGGCGCUGGAGGCCGGAGCGCUGCUGGGCUGCUCCAUUGAUAUCACCAGUGCUGCAGACUCGGAGGCUGUGACUCGUCAGAAGCUGGUCAAAGGCCACGCCUACUCGCUGACGGGCGCCGUGGAGGUGACGUACCGCGGGCGUCAGGAGAAGCUUGUGAGAAUGAGGAACCCUUGGGGUCAGGUGGAGUGGACCGGGGCUUGGAGCGAUGGGUCGUCUGAGUGGAGCAGCGUCCAGGGCGAGUGUCCUCACGCCAACGCAGAGGACGGAGAGUUCUGGAUGUCCUUCACCGACUUCCUGCGGCACUACUCCCGCAUAGAGGUGUGCACCCUGACCCCCGACACCAUCGGAGACGACUCGGUCAAACACUGGAGCGUCAGCAAGUUCGACGGCACCUGGAGGCGAGGCUCCACGGCCGGAGGCUGCAGGAACCACCCCUACACGUUCUGGACAAACCCUCAGUUUGUGAUCAAGCUGGAUGAGGAAGAUGAUGACCCUGAUGACGGUGAGGUGGGCUGCAGCUUCGUGGUCGGUCUGAUCCAAAAGAACCGCAGGAAGCUGCGUAAACAGGGCGAGGACAUGCACACCAUCGGCUUCGCCAUCUACGAGGUUCCACAGCAGUUCCACGGCCAGAGGGAGGUCCACCUGGACAAAAACUUCUUCCUGACCCAUGCUCAGACCGCAAGGUCUGAAACCUUCGUCAACCUGCGGGAGGUGAGCACCCGCUUCAAGUUGCCACCUGGAGAGUACCUGGUCGUCCCCUCCACCUUCGAGCCACACCUGGACGGGGAUUUCUGCAUCCGAGUGUUCUCCGAGAAGCAGACAGAGACCGUGCCCUGUGACGACCCGGUCAGCGCAGACCUCAGUGACGAGACGGUGUCUGAUGAAGACGUGGAUUCAGGAUUCAGGAACCUGUUCUCUAAACUUGCUGGAGCGGACAUGGAGAUUUCUGCGACUGAGCUGAGGACCAUCAUGAACAAGAUAGUUGCCAAACGAACUGACAUCAAAACAGACGGAUUCAGCCUGGAGACCUGCAGGGUCAUGGUCAACCUGAUGGAUGACAGCGGGAACGGGAAGCUGGGCCUCGGAGAGUUUGCCACGUUGUGGAAGAAGGUGCAAAGAUAUCUGGCGAUCUACAAGCAGAACGACACGGAUAACUCUGGAUCCAUGAGCACUCCAGAGAUGAGGGUGGCCUUUAAAGAUGCAGGCUUCACCCUCAACAACACCAUCUACCAGCUGCUGGUGGCGCGGUACUCCGACCCAGACAUGACCAUCGACUUCGACAACUUUGUGGGCUGUCUGAUGAGGCUGGAGAUGAUGUUCAGGAUCUUCAAGAAACUGGACGCCCACGAGAGCGGCUCCAUCGAGCUCGACUUUAACCAGUGGUUAAACUUCGCCAUGAUCUGAACCAGAACCGUUCUGCAUCUCCAUAUUGUACAACUGACAGCUCUUUGUCUUUUUCACCUGCAUGUUCUCUAUACUCCCACCUGACUGUCACAUAAAGCCAAUAAAUGUACCGACAACACC